CCAAUCUAUCACUUUGAAGAAUUCUUCUCUUUGCACGACUACAACCUAUGAACUUGCCAAGUUUUAUAAGUUGCACUCGGUUUCUUCUGAAGCAACCAUAAAAUUGAGGAGCCUGCAUUAGCUUCUCUACAUGAUGAGGAUGAUGGUAGUGAUCAUGACGAUUGUAGUAGCCUUGGGGAUAGUUAGCAGGCAAGGUUCUUGCACAAUUGUCCAAUUCAUCUUUGGGGAUUCCCUCUCUGAUGUUGGAAAUAAUAACUACCUCUCCAAGAGUCUGGCUCGAGCAAGUCUGCCGUGGUAUGGUAUCGAUUUUGGAAAUGGAAUGCCCAAUGGAAGGUUUUGUAAUGGUCGAACUGUUGCUGAUAUCAUAGGUGACAGGAUGGGUCUCCCAAGGCCACCAGCAUUCUUGGAUCCAUCUUUGAAUGAGGACAUCAUACUAGAGAAUGGAGCCAAUUAUGCCUCUGGUGGUGGUGGGAUAUUGAAUGAAACUGGUGGCCUUUUUGUGCAAAAGUUUUCACUGUAUAAGCAAAUCGAAUUGUUUCAAGGAACACAAGAGCUAAUAAGAAACAAAAUCGGUGCUGAAACGUCAGAUAACUUCUUCAAAGAAGCAAGCUAUGUGGUUGCUUUAGGCAGCAAUGACUUCAUUAACAACUUCUUGCUCCCAGUUUACAGAGAUUCAUGGACGUAUUCCAAUGAUGGCUUCAUUCAGUAUCUAAUCACAACUUUGGGAAAUCAAUUGACGAUAUUGCAUGGGUUAGGGGCUCGGCAGUUGAUGGUGUUUGGGCUAGGGCCCAUGGGUUGUAUUCCUCUGCAACGCGUGCUAAGCUCAUCAGGGAACUGCCAAGAAAAAACCAACAAUCUGGCCAUCAGCUUUAACAAAGCAGCGGCCAAGCUCUUACAGGAACUGUCCAGCAAUCUCCCCAACGCAAGCUUCAGAUUCGGGGAUGCUUAUAAUGUAGUUGAUGAUGUAAUUAAAAAUCCAGACAAAUACGGAUUUGAAAAUUCAGACUCUCCAUGCUGCUCAUUUGGACGGAUCCGACCUGCUCUCACUUGUGUCCCUGCAUCAAGGUUGUGCAAAGAUAGAAGCAAAUAUGUGUUCUGGGAUGAGUAUCACCCCACUGAUAAAGCAAAUGAGAUCAUCGCCAACGAGAUCAUUAGAAAGCUCGGAUUUGUGCACGUCAACACCACAUCAUCACAAGGGCCAGCUCUUGCUCCUUCCUCAUAGGGAUUGGUCAUUGGUGAUCGAUAUUUAUAUAGGAUAUGUAUUUUCUUAAAAAAAUUAUACAGGAUAUGUCUAGUUUUAUUAAUUAUUAGCCGUCAACUUUAUGACACAGCUGAUACAAAAACUUGCCUAUGAAAUCAACAUAUCCUUAGUGCCUAACAUUUUAGAAGAAAUGGAUACGUACCACAGGCCACACCCUGCAUGAAAAUUAGUGUUUAAUUUGGUUCCAAUCAAUACUAUGUAUUAAUUUAUGGCUUCUGAAGACUUGUUUUCUCG